AGGAGGAGGAGGAGGCGAUCGAGCGCCUGGCGGUAGCGAUGCUGUCCGCGGGCGCGCAGGCGCACUUCACGUUUGAAGGCCGACUCGGCUUCUUCGGCGCAGUGCAGUCGUGGACACGCCAGCUGCUCGCCAACUCAAAGUGGGUCCACCCCGCCGCCGUGGCUGCGACGCACUGCUGGGCCAGCCCCCUCCCCUCCGCAACUGCCUUCGCCCCCCGCCUCGCCUCCUCCCGCCACCGGCCUGUCAGUCCGAACGGGACGCUGCUGCCUGUGCCGCCGCCGCGCCGCCCGCCCGCCGCGUGCCGCUUGUUUGAGGCGCUGAUCGGCGGCGGCGGUGCCGGCGCGGCCCUGCAGCGGGGCGAGGGGGCGGGAGGGUGGUGCGGCGGCGGGGCGGGCGGGCAUGGCUGCGUGCCGCGGCUGCAGAACGGCUCGACGUCGGUGGUGUGGAGGGCGUGGGGGAUGCAGCUGCAGCUCUACGACCCCCUCACCAACGCGACCACCUAUGCAGUCGACUUGCCCGAGCACGCCGCCACAGCACUCACCGCGGCCUCCUACAUCCUCCUCCUCCUCGCCGCCGCAGUUAUCGCCACCAUCUCUCUACGCGCACCGCCACCCGACGAGCCGCCCUACCCGCUCGGACACUACCAGGCGCCGCCGCCGCAGCCGAGGGCUCGCGCGGACGCGGCCGGCUUGGCGCGGGAGCGGCGCAUGCUUACGGUCGAGCAGAGGAGGAGGAGGCGGCGGCGGUGGGUGCGGGCGCUGCGGCACUGGGGUUGCCGCGCUCUGGCAGGGCUGCUGCUGCUGCUGCUGCUCGCGGCCGCCUUCGCCGCCGUGUACGCGCUGGCGCUAGGGCUGGUGCUGCUGCUGUCGCAGGCGGCCGUGCACGGACCCGCGCUCUACCGCACCGUCUCGUCGCUGCGCAACUACUCGCCACACGCCGUGCUGAGCGCCGGCGUGCACGCCGCGUCGCUCGGAGCCGCUCCCGGCGCGGGAUGACGCAUUCGCAGGUAGGCUGCGGACCGGUGUUUUGCGGGGCCCAGCAGCCCGCACGCAGGAUGACGCGCGUCGCAUGGCGUGUACCGGUUACAACCGAGAGCGAUGUGUCGUUGCGUUGUGGUUUGACGGGCGCGGAUCAUGUUCUUUCUGUACCCAGCGCCCCGCUGUGCUGGGGGGCGUGUGCUCUGUGCUUCUGCUUGAAAUUGUGGUCAUUGUACGUGAUCAGUGAGAGUCUCUAGCAUC